AUGGCCGUUCUGCGAUAUUUGGUGCUGAAACGAAGUGCGACGUCGACAUCGAAAAUUCCGAUUGUUAACACUUUCAAAGCGGCAUUUAUCGCAAUCAUUGCUGCUAUCAUGAUCUCACUUCUUGGUUCUCUGCCAAACAUGUUAAGAUAUCAGAUCCGUGAUAACGGUUAUCUGAAUGUACCGGCUUACUGUACAUCAAAUCAGUCCGCAUAUGCGCACUAUUACGUGGAUAACCCGAAAGUUCAUGCCUACAACAUUGCUCAGCCUUCAUGGUGGACCUGUCGCUGGGAAAGGUUUAAUUUCUGGGCCGCUGGUUUGGUGCUAAAAUUGAUACCGUGCUUGAUGUUGACAAUAUUUAUGACAUUAUUGGUACGUAUGCUAAUUGAAGCCCGUAAACGACGUAUUCGCUUAUAUCGAGGUCAGACAAGUGGCAAAUCUCAAGCAGAACGUACCACUACCAUGUUAACCGCUAUUGUCGCCGUCUUCUUGGUCACGGAGUUACCACAAGGAAUUCUUGUUUUCGCUAUAGGUUUAAAACCAGGUAUUCGAUAUGCGAUGCAAUAUCUCGGUGAUUUUAUUGAUGUACUAUCAUUGAUAAAUAGCAGCUUUAAUUUUAUAUUAUGUGCCUUAAUGAGCGAUGUGUUUAGGCAAGUUCAAAGCGAGAAUUUUUGCUCACCUUUGGUACCUGCUGUCCAAAACUCACCGAAAAUAUCAGGACCAUUGGUUCCAGGGCAUUGA